UUGUGCGGGGCCAGCCCGCCCCGCGCCGCUGCCGCCGCGCCGCUCCUGCCCCCCACGCGCCCGGGCGGGUCCGGCCGCUCCUCGGGCGGCGCGGCGGGGCUUCCCCUCUCUCCCGGCCGGCCCCCGCCUCCCGCUCCGGGCAGCAUGGUGGACCUGGACAGCGAGGUGCCGCCCCUGCCGCCGCGGUACCGCUUUCGGGACUUGCUGCUGGGCGACCAGGGCUGGCAGAGCGACGACAGGGUGCAAGUUGAAUUCUAUAUGAAUGAAAAUACAUUUAAAGAGAGACUAAAGCUCUUCUUCAUCAAAAACCAAAGAUCAAGUCUGAGAAUACGAUUAUUCAAUUUCUCUCUCAAGCUCCUAAGCUGUUUCCUAUAUAUAGUUCGUGUGCUCCUGGAUGAUCCUGCACAAGGACUUGGAUGUAAGGAGUUAAACCGGAGUUGUUCCAAUCAAAACUACACACCUGGAACAAUUGAUUGGUCUCCCAUUAUUUGGGUGAAUCGAAGCUUACCUUUAUGGGGAUUACAGGUGUCUGUGGCUGUAAUAAGUCUCUUUGAAACUCUGUUGCUAAGUUAUCUAAGCUACAAGGGAAAUAUCUGGGAACAAAUUCUGAGAAUACCCUUUCUCCUGGAAAUAAUUAAUGCUGUCCCUUUCAUCAUCACGAUUUUCUGGCCAGUCCUAAGAAACCUGUUUAUUCCUGUAUUUUUAAAUUGCUGGCUGGCAAAGCAUGCUUUAGAAAAUAUGAUUAAUGAUCUUCACCGAGCCAUCCAACGCACACAGUCUGCAAUGUUUAACCAAGUCCUCAUUUUAAUAUCUACCUUACUAUGUCUCAUCUUCACUUGUAUUUGUGGAAUUCAGCAUCUGGAACGAGCAGGAAACAGGUUGACUCUCUUUGACUCCCUUUAUUUCUGCAUAGUGACAUUUUCUACUGUGGGCUUUGGGGAUGUUACACCCAAGAUAUGGCCUUCAAAGCUGCUUGUUGUCAUUAUGAUCUGUGUUGCUCUUGUGGUGUUGCCCAUACAGUUUGAACAGCUGGCAUAUUUGUGGAUGGAGAGGCAAAAGUCCGGAGGAAACUACAGCAGAUACAGAGCUCAGACGGAAAAGCACGUCGUGCUGUGUGUGAGCUCUCUGAAGAUUGACUUACUCAUGGAUUUCUUAAAUGAAUUCUAUGCCCACCCCAGACUGCAGGACUAUUAUGUGGUUAUUUUGUGUCCUACGGAGAUGGAUGCUCAGGUCCGAAGGGUGUUACAAAUCCCAAUGUGGUCCCAAAGAGUUAUCUACCUGCAAGGCUCAGCCCUAAAAGAUCAAGACCUAUUGAGAGCUAAGAUGGACAAUGCUGAAGCCUGUUUCAUCCUGAGCAGCCGCUGUGAGGUGGACAGGACAGCAGCUGAUCACCAAACUAUUUUAAGAGCAUGGGCAGUUAAAGACUUUGCUCCAAAUUGUCCUUUGUAUGUUCAGAUCCUGAAGCCUGAGAAUAAAUUCCACAUCAAGUUUGCAGAUCAUGUUGUAUGUGAAGAGGAAUUCAAGUAUGCUAUGCUAGCUCUAAAUUGUGUAUGUCCAGCUACGUCCACAUUAAUCACUCUGCUGGUUCAUACAUCCAGGGGACAUACAGCCCCAUGGGAAGCUUUCAGGCAACUCACUGGAACCAAGCAGACAUUAAACAGGGAGAGUCAGCAAUCACCAGAACAAUGGCAGAAAAUGUAUGGCAGAUGUUCUGGUAAUGAAGUGUAUCACAUCAACCUGGAAGAAAGUACAUUUUUUGCAGAGUAUGAGGGGAAGAGCUUCACAUAUGCUUCUUUCCAUGCACAUAAAAAGUUUGGAGUCUGUCUGAUUGGUGUUAGAAAGGAAGAUAACAAAAACAUUUUGCUGAAUCCAGGUCCUCGGUAUAUCAUGAGUUCUACUGAUAUAUGCUUUUAUAUAAAUAUCACCAAAGAAGAGAAUUCUGCUUUUAAGAAGCAAGAAAAGCAUAGAAAAAACCAUGAAUCAAAAUUAUCGUAUCAUGGAGCAUCUAGGUUACCAGUACACAGUAUAAUAGCCAGCAUGGGGACCGUGGCCAUCGAUCUGCAGGACACGGGCUGCCGCGGGGCCAGCGGUGGCACGCUGGCGCUGCCCGCGCAGGGCGCGCGGGAGGCCAGGAGGCCCAGCAUCGCCCCGGUGCUGGAGGUGGCCGACUCCUCCUCCCUGCCCACCUGCGACCUGCUCAGCGACCAGUCCGAGGAUGAAACCACCCCCUCCGACGAGGAACUCUCGGCAGGCUUUGAGUAUGCCAAAGGCUAUCCUCCUUAUUCUCCUUAUAUUGGAAGUUCUCCCACCUUUUGUCAUCUUCUGCAUGAAAAAGUACCCUUCUGUUGUCUAAGACUAGAUAAGGGAUGCCAGCAUAACUACUAUGAAGAUGCCAAAGCCUAUGGAUUCAAAAACAAAUUGAUUAUAGUUGCAGCAGAAACUGCUGGAAAUGGCUUAUACAACUUCAUUGUCCCACUGAGAGCUUAUUACCGACCAAAGAAAGAACUGAACCCCAUUGUAUUACUGCUGGAUAACCCCCUAGAUGACUUAUUAAGGUGUGGGGUCACCUUUGCAGCUAAUAUGGUGGUGGUGGACAAGGAGAGCACCAUGAGUGCUGAGGAAGACUACAUGGCAGAUGCCAAGACUAUUGUGAAUGUUCAAACCCUCUUCAGGUUGUUCUCCAGCCUGAGCAUUAUCACCGAGCUAACUCAUCCAGCCAACAUGAGAUUCAUGCAGUUCAGAGCCAAAGACUGCUAUUCUCUUGCUCUGUCCAAAUUGGAAAAGAAAGAGCGGGAGAAGGGAUCUAACCUGGCAUUUAUGUUUCGACUGCCCUUUGCUGCUGGCAGGGUUUUCAGCAUCAGCAUGUUGGACACACUGCUUUAUCAGUCAUUUGUGAAAGAUUAUAUGAUUUCUAUCACAAGACUUCUGCUGGGACUUGACACCACACCAGGAUCUGGGUUUCUUUGUUCUAUGAAAAUCACAGAAGAGGAUCUGUGGAUUAGGACAUAUGCCAGACUGUAUCAGAAGCUUUGUUCCUCUACAGGAGACAUUCCAAUUGGAGUCUACAGGACAGAAUCCCAGAAGCUCACAACAUCUGAGUCACGAGAAAUGGCUUCACAAUCCCAAAUCUCCAUCAGCGUGGAGGACUGGGAGGACACCAAAGACACCAAAGAGCAGUUUGGCUGCCGCGGCAGCCACCGGAACUCCACCUGCAGCGACCAGUCCGAGCACCCGCUGCUGCGCAGGAAGAGCAUGCAGUGGGCACGGCGCCUGAGCAGGAGGGCCCCCCGGCACUCUGCUAAAACUGCUGAGAAGAUCAACCAGCAGAGAAUGAACCUCUACAGGAGGUCAGAAAGGCAGGAGCUCGCUGAACUCGUGAAGAACAGAAUGAAGCACCUGGGCCUCUCUCCAGCAGGAUACGGUACCGCUAUACAGUACUUCAGUAGCAACAUUAGCAUGGUGCAAGAUGAAAUGAACGAUCAUCAGAACACCCUUUCCUAUAUCCUGAUCAACCCUUCUCCAGAUACAAGAUUAGAGCUGAAUGAUAUAGUAUACUUGAUCCGACCUGACCCACUGACUUAUGUUCCAAAUGCUGGAGCCAGCCGAAAGAACAGCUUCUGCAAUACAGUGGGACAAGACACCAGGGAGGAGACACAGCUUUGAUUUGGAACUCACCACGGCAUUCAGAGACAGUUUUAUACACAUGUUGUUUCCACUAACCAUUUUGCAAACUGAGUGGUAUAUUUUAUUCAGAUUUUGGAAACAAAAUGACAGUGGGUAAGUGACCAAAUGCAGAAAUGUGGUGCCUAGAAACUCUGAUUUCAGGGAUUGUCAGGUCUGUGGCCUGUUCAUGAUAGUUGAACUUUGUCAGCCUAACAGAAUGAUGACACCUGUUGCUAUUUAACCCACAUGAACAAAUGCCAGAUUCUACCAUGUUUUGCUGAGGUGCUCCUAAGCAUAUUUAGGUGGCAGCAUGUCAGUGACUGAGCUUCUGACCAAAGUCAGAUUAUCUGAUGUCCAUAGAGAGACAACGCCUGAUUUGUAGUAGCAAAUAUGUUAAUACCUAAAGCUGCCAACAAGGCUUUGUGUGUCAACAAUUAGGUCUUUGAAAUAAUUUUCAGUCUCAGCCUGUCACCCAUUUUUAUUAACACAGAUUCGUUUCAGUCCCAUUUUAGCCUCCAGAACCUGGGUUUUUGUUCCUUGGGUUUGCACAGACCAGGCUGAAUGACACAACCUGGUCACACUGCAGAGGCUGAGAUUGAGACACAUCAAUGCAGAAGAGCCCAGCUGCAGGAAAGUCCCUCUCAUCUCACACAGGCAGCUCUCCCAACACUGGCAAAAAACUGGGAAGUUACUGUGUGAAGCUGCAUACAGUGGUAGCUCAGGUGAAACACAACCCUUUGAACCUUGGUGGGUUUUUCUAUAGAAACCUGAGUAGAUUAUAACACAGAAGUGAAAGCAUCCCUCUAGGGAAUGAUUCCUACAACAAGCCCUUAACAUUUUCAUGACUAUGCCAGAACUACAGUUUGUCCAUAGCAUUUCAUGUCUAGUAUCCAGAUUACCCAAAAGUGAUAGGUUUUAAAUUAAAUUAUGUAUCUCACUGAAGAUUAAAGAGAUUUAUAACCCAUUCCACAAAAUGAUUGUAAUUUCACAUAGUGUGAAAAAGCAUUAUGGAUCUAAAACCUCUGCUUCAUCAUGAUGUACUCAAGAAAGCAUCUGCUUGUGUAAGAAGCAACUACAAUUGGUCAGGUUUUCUACAGAAUUAAGCAUGUCUGUCCAUGAUCUUUCAAGAUCAUUGUCACAAAUGGGGAAGAACAUACUUGAAGUUUUAAACCCCCUUCUGUUGCAAGUGUCCACAUAGAACCAAGUAAUUUUGCAGAUAGUCUAAUAUGGAAAAAAUUAUUAUUCUCUGAUCUCCCUUGAUGUCCUAUUUGUUAAAAAAAAAAAAAUCAGUCAAAACUGUUUCUAUUCUCCUGUAUAUUAAUUGGCAUAAGUAUAUUUUAUUUCUGAAGCAGAAACCACAACCAAGUUGCCCAGUAAGCAGCUCCUGGAUGUGAGCCUGUUUAUCAGCAUUGUAAGGAUUCUGAAAUCAAGUCACGUUCAUAUUGGGAAUGACAGAAAAUCUGCUUUUACUUCCUGCCUUCCUCUUAAUGAUUCCAAGGUUUAACAAUUCAGUAGUUCUGCUUAGAGUCCAUUAUUCCACACUUGAGUCAUUCACUAGUUUAUUCACAGAUAAAGUAUUUCGAAUGGGCACUGUGGGAAACAAAGAAACAAUUGAAACAGCUGCACAGAUUGAAGUCUGCACUUUUUCAGAAAGAAAAAGAAAGAGGGUAUGGUACAGGAUCUCGUCCAAGACCUGUCAUAGAAGUUACCCAGAAGAGUUUGCAUGUGCAGUGUGAAGAACUUUUCUGUUUUUAAUACUUUCAGGGAGAAGACUCUAUUCCAAUUGAAUAUUUUUUUAAAAAAUACAAGUUUCUUAAAAAUGUUAAUUCCAAAAUAUUAGAAGGGUCUGUUGUUGCAUUCUGAAGGCUUCUCUGAUGGAGUCUCAAAGAGGCAGAGAGGCUUCCAGAACCAUGGCUUUCUCCAACAGGCAAGCUGGAUAUCCUGCUUUUAGCCUGAGUCACAGUUCACAGGAAUUCCUGUGUGUGUACAGCACACACCACUGAUUUAAGGACUCUGCCAAAAGGAUCCAUAGCGAGGCCUUGAGUCCUCCCAUUUAACAGCCCAUAAAGCAGCAGAAACAAGCAGUCAGGUGUGUCCAUUUGCCCACUUAACUCAGCAGAAUUGCUGCUCAGCUGGAUUGGAAUAGUGGUAUCUAAUGUGACCCGGUAUUUCUCCAGGCUUAAUGAAUUUCUAAUUGCUCAUUAGCCCCAGAAGAUUUGCUAAAGCAAACACAAAGACAGCUGGAGACACUUGGAGUCCCUAAAAUGAGUGCAAGGCAAUCUUGGCGAACCAAACACUUAGUUCUCUUCAAAAUCUGCUGGAAGACAAGCAAGGUAGUAAAAGCUAUCAGCAGCUUCUGAUGAAGCAGAAGUUCUAAUAACCCAUGAAUAAUGUACCACAAAGUUCAGCUAUUCAGAAUAAUGCUGUCUUUCAUGUUGAAAGCAGAACAGGUUUGCUUCCUCUGGAAUAUCUGCACAGACUGCAUUCUAGUGGGAUUUUGAUCACCCAAAACCAGCCUAAGCACCACUACAUUAACCCUGAAUGAGACAGUAUGCACAGUCCCUCAGUGGCCAGGGAGGUGAUUCUUUAAUGGUCAUCCUACAGGCAAUCUUAUGUUCACACACUUUUUUCUCAUCAUGAUUAUCAGAAAUGUAACACAAGCCUAACUGGGCUGGAGACCAGACUGAGGAACGGGAGUCUCAAGGCUCAGUGCUGGAGAAGGGAUGAUGAAGUUCUAGAAUGAGCAGAGUCAAAUGACUGUUGAACAGAGGGGAUUGAGCAAGCAACAGUUCACUAAGUAGAGGGAGAAAUGUGGAGCUGUGAAAAAAAAGAUUAUUUCUAUCUCUGCUAACCGUAUGUAUUUUUCCUCCUGGCUCACUUCUAUCAACAACGCAAAGAUGGCCCUGUUCCCCAGCACUGCCUUAGCACUGCCAAAGCAGUUUGGUACCCAAGUCACAGACCCAGAGAGGGAAGUGCUAGCUGAUAAUAAUUGCUUCAUUCUCAAGGGAAUCUCCAGCAAAGCCAGAACCUAUGAAAAUGUGUUACCUAGUCUGCAAUAAAAAAGUCACAAGAACUUUUUUAACGGCA